AUAGGGCUUCAUUCUACGUCAGGGGAAUGUUGUAACGUGACUUAAAGGAAUCAACCUUCCUUAUUCUCCUCCAGCCUGUAUUGCACAGACAGACACUGAGCUGGUGCACGAGUGAGGAAUCAAUGGCAGCAGCAAACUUCUGAGAUUGUAUCCUUCUACAAUCAAAUCUGUAAAUGACCCUUCUGCUGGCCAUUUGACAGAAUGAUCAACCCCUUGUAAAAAAAAUAUUCAGUGAAAGUAACUUGCAGAGCCAUGUGGUCAUGUACAUUCUGCUUAUGAGGGGAAGGUGAAAUGGAAAAACUAUGAAAUGGCACAAUGAGCAGAAACGUCUCUGUAGGUUUCUUGUAUGUCUGCAUAUACAUACUGCUGCAAGAGGAGCAAGCAUGGGGCUGUAAUCUGACAUCUGUUAAUUUCCACACCACUUUGGAAUGGCAGAUGGAAGAAUCAGACUGUGAUAUUCAACUGUAUAACGGUUUCAAUUGGAAUUCCAUAUCUGAGGUACCAGUUUGUAAAGAUGGUUCCUGCAAAGUUAACCUCUCCUGGCAAACGCUUGAUAUUUACAAUACUUACCAGGCAAAGGUGCAAUGUCCCCCUGGUUCCAUGCGACUCACCUGCACUACACCGACACUUCAACCUUACAAAGAUGUGAUCCCUGGUCCCCCGCUGUUAAAUGUGUCUCUUGAAGAUGGGAAGUUACAUAUGUGCGUGUCCCUUCCUCUUGCCCCAGGAAUUACACCGAAUAGCCCCCCACAGCCCAUACAAAGUAUUAAGAGAAAAUUGCAGGACCUCAUUCUUACUGUUACUACCGGGAAGCAUACCUAUUGCAAUGAGCUUAUAAAGCUGACUAAUGAAUCGCACUGUAUGGACUGCAAAGAUUUACUACCAGAUGCAGAGUACUGUGCCACUGCAGACUUUUACUAUUACCCUGAAAACAGUGCAACAAAGUGCUUCAUCAGUAGGGACUUGCACAGACAAACCUUUGCAGUUAAAGUCGCCUCUCUGAUUGUGAUCAGCGUAAUUGUCUUUUUGCUAUGGAUAUCCAAGAUCCUCGUUUCUACUCAAAAACCUAAAGUCUUGGAAUUUCCUCAUCAUUUUCCUCAUACUCUGUUGCUAAUACAAAAUCCGGUUAUCAUUGAUUCUUUGUCCCUGAUGCCAUUGAAGUGGGAUAAGGGACCUUCCAAAUCAACAUUUGUCAGAUAUGAACGAAAUGGUUUCCUUGAGCCACUCGAUCUGGUUUCAGAAGAAGAAGCGGACGACACAUGGGGAUCUUCCAGGGAGAGUUCUGAGUGCAGCGUAACUAGUUCAACUGCCAGUGAAGAGGAGACAGCACAAUCAUUCACUCCUAUCCCAGAGGAAUGGAGCAGCCUUCCAAACAUAAACCUCAACUCCAUCCUGGUAAUGGAUAAAGAGAGGAAUCUAGAAGGACUGCUUGCCGAUGGAAAGCCAGGUGAGACAGAGAAGGAUGAUGAGUCUGUAGCAGAGAGCUCAGAAUUGGGGGACAGUGAUGAAGAGGAGAACUGUGAGAAGCAGCUGCAGCAUUUCUCUGGUUAUGUGCGGCGGUGAAACAGACCCAAUAUUUCUCAAUCCUAUGCAUUAAACUGGGGAUAUUAACUUUUUUUCCAAAUUCGUUUGUUGAGUUAACUUUUCACUCACAAAAACAAAUUGAACACGUUAAACAAUUAGUCCAAUCCAGAAUACCUAGUGCAUCAUUGAACACACAGCUGUUUAGAUAACAUGUCUUACUGUAACAAGUCAGUACUACCAUAAAUAGUUUCUCUUAA